AUGUACCGACACUCAGGAGACGAGAAAGGGGGAGGCAAACACACCAUAACCAUCGGCAAACUUAGAAUUGCCGUCUUUGGAGAGCACGACGUCGGAAAAUCAGCCUUAACCGUGCGCUUCCUGACGCGAAGAUACAUCGGCGAGUACAAGUCCAACACGGAUCUGCUCUACCGUCAAACCCUCGCCGUUAGUAGCGAGCAUUCCGUGAACAUCGAGAUCGUGGACAUUUCGACCUCCUUCGUCUCCGGGGCUGAGGUCACUGAGCGGAAAAGCAUUCCCCUCGAAGAGAUCCACCGGGCCGACGGGUUCAUCAUCGUCUACUCCAUAACGGAAAAGAGCACCUUUGACACCGCGACCCAAGCGCUCCGCGACAUUCUGAAGGUGCACAACAUCUACAAAUCGCCCUCCACUGAUAGCGCCCCGACCUAUUCGUCGUCCUCUUCCGCGCAGGGGACUGGGAAACAACGCCUUCCCGUGCACGUCGCCCUCAUUGCGAACAAAUCUGAUCUCGUCCAUCUCAGAAGGGUGACCACAUUGGAGGGCAUCGCAGCUUCAGAACAGUUCGGGUGUCAAUUUUACGAGCUGUCCGUGGCCGACAACUCACCCCAAGUUUAUUCCAGCUUCCACUCGCUGAUCACCUCACUCAUCGCGACGAACGUGCCCCCACCCAAGCGCAAGUUCUCCGUGAGCAAGAUGCUGGCCACUUGGCGUCAGGGAAAAAAUCCCCCCUCAAACGCCAGCCCCGUCCCCCUUGCGCCCGCCUCCAUCACGGACACAAACGUUGCCACGACCAAAUCAGAUUCGCCAGUUGGCAGCGUCACGGGGGGUAAAAGUGGGGCGAAAAAUGACGCCAAAUCCAAACUGAUGGUUUUCCAGGGGACGAAGAAGAGGCAAACGUCCCCACCCUUUUGCUCCCUUUGAUAAGCGGUUUAGUUGAAGAUGAUCGCCUCCAUUUUGGAUUCCUGAUCAAUUAAACUCCAACUUAUUUACAUAUGUACGUGAUUAAAUGCUGCAUCGAUUUGAAUUAUCUGCAUGAACUCGUUAAGUGGAAACAUGUUUAAAUAAUAUGUGGAUUUGUAAAUAUUUUAAAAAUCAGGUGUAUCAAGAAGGGAUCAAAACUUUUUAGAAGACUUUUAAAUUCACCAAACAUGAGUGGAUCUCAUUGUCAGUUAUAACAAUUUGUUUAUUGUUCCAAAUUUUUAACCACCGGUGUGAAAGUUUGACAAUUUGCAAAAAAAUAUCGCCUAGGAUUAGUAGGAGAAUAAUAGCUUUAUAAAUACGUUGAUUUGUAAUUAUUUUAAAUAUUUAUUGCUACUUAUUGUGCGUAUUAAAAGCUUGCCACGUCAAUCUUCGCAUAUCUCGUAAAUUAGAUGGUAAUAAGAGAUUUAAAAAAUAUAUAAAUUUUGAAAUUGAAUUGAUUUCGUAAAUUUUGUUGAUAAUAAGGCAUCAUCUAAGAUGCAGAAAAUUCCUUAAGGUUUAAAAUAUUUAAAAAAAAAAUAAGAAAACACCGUCCUGUCAAAUUUCAUUUUCUUGACAUGAUGAGUCAAACAGCAAUUGUAAGUUUGGAUUAUGUCAAACAACAUUUUUAAAAAACGGAGUACAAACUUGAAAUUUUAUCAAAAAUGUCAAGUAAAAUCAAAUUAGCACAACACCACAAAUACAUGCAUUCACACAAUUUUACAAGUUUGACAUAUUUAAUAAAUAC